AUGAAGCGACGGGUUUCGGCAGUGGUCGUGCUCUCCGUGAUCUUUGUGGCAAUUUUCUGCUAUUAUAGACCUCCAACAGAUACAUUUCCAAAAAUAAAACUACAGUUACUGGCCAGAACAUCAGCCACACAGACACCUGCGAAAACCUCCCUGUGCCAGCCAGACAACCAGACAACACAAAGAGCAGCCUCAAACACUUCCCCCAGCACUCAAACAAGUCACACAACUUUAAAGGCCAACCCGACAGCCUUCCCAACAACUGUAAAAAGCAAACCAGCAACCUAUGCUGGGAGAAUAACCACAACUACCCACAGCGUCACACAGACAACCUCCGCAGCCCGCACGGCCACAGUCACUACCACGCUCACAACUCGGCCGACAUCCACCACACCCGGAGCCGGACGGCCGACCACCCUAACGCCGUGUGCGAUUGUAACAACUCCACCAACGGUCAGUUACACAACUAAUGGAAUCACGGGGACAGAAUCGGCCGUCAGUCAGACGGUGACAGCCGCCCCGACUGCUAACAGCACGAGCAAUCACACAGUUACAAAAACCACCCACGCCAUAACAACAACAUCAGAAGCCCACAACGUCACACAAACGACCUGGCUAACAACAACCCCGGCCGGACCCACCCUCGCCCCCCGACCUUCUUCCCCCACAGUUGGGACCUAUCGGGUUUCCAAUGGAUCGAGGAUGUGCGUUAAGGCGGUGAUGGGUAUUCAGUUGAUUGUUCAAGAUCAACAGAAGGGCUACUUCAAUAUUGACCCCAAUGCCACCAAGGCGACUGGGGACUGUGGAACUUGCAAAGUUAAUCUUCUCCUGACUUUCAGUAGUGGAUUUGUGAAUUUCAAUUUUACAAAGGAUGGAGGCUCAUAUUAUAUCAGCUCAAUAGAAGCACGUUUGACUGUCUCGUCUCCAAGAAUGGAUCACCAUGGAGUGAAAAAGGAUGUUCAGUGGUUUAAGACAUUGGUUGGGCAUUCUUUCCAGUGCCUCAGCACCCAGAGUGUUCAACUUGGGAAUGACCUGCAGCUGCAAACAGUCAAUGUCCAACUCCAAGCAUUCGACAUUACAAGAGACCAGUUUGGGAACGCAGAUGAAUGCUUCAGUGACAGGAACAGGAGAGCAAUCCCUGUGGCUGUGAGCCUGAGUAUCACAGGAUUGUUUGUGGUUUUGCUUGUUACCUGCCUGGUGACCAGAAAAAGCCCUGCUAGAGGAUAUGAACGCAUCUAAAGUUCCCACCUUCUUCAAAAUUGGACGAGUGCUCACGUG